UUUUUGCCAGAAGUUCAACAUCAAUCGUUGUCAUCUUCAAACAAUGAAAUGCUUUUUUCUUUCUUUUUUUUUUUUUUACUUUAAAACAAAUAUACAAAAAUACAAAAUAGAUAGUCAGAUUAUCCCUAUCCUAGUUAUAUCCGAGAAAAUCGAUUUUUAUAAUCACUCAUUUCUCUACCGCAUACUGUAUAUACGUUUGUUCAAGUAUAUUUCAAUAUAUAUAGGUAUAUUAAGGGAGAAAAAAGAAGAAAAAAGAUCGACGAAUUGAAGUAAUUAAACAAUGAUGAAGAUUAGGAUACAGCAAACUUAUUUGAAUAUAUAUUGUUAUUAAUAUUAAUUAAUUAUUUUUGAUAUUAUCAUUAUCGAAUAUAUUAUUAUAUUCAUUAUUUUUGAUUUAUUAAAAUGUACUAUUGUGAUGCGUUUAUUUUUGUUAUUGGAUAAUCGGUGGAAAGUUUGAAAGGUUCGAUUUUGAUAUUGAAGAUUGAAAUAACGUUUCUCGUUUUUCUUUUUUUUUCGCUCGAAAUCUUAAAAGGAAAGUUAAGCAGAUUUCGUAACCAUGACAAAGAAUAACAAAAGAAACAAUCUCGAUCGCCUAUGCGAAGAGAAUUUUAUCCGCAAUAUAAUUCCAGAAAAAAGAAGCAAUGCCAGAAAUAACGUACCUCUCAGCGAGUAAUUCGCCUAUUCUUUACGCUCUGGCGGGGACCAGCAAGGAGGAUAAUCCUUCUGGUUCCUCAAUAACAGUAAAUCUUAAACAAUGUGUAAGGCAUAAGCUUCAGUAUUCACAAUUGCCUAUAAAAUGUCAACGAACGAGCCCAUACCAUCGAUCUGUCCGUAAUCCGUUUAAAUUAAUCGGAUUAAGUGCAAUAAAUCAUAGUAACGUCUCCAUUGCUACAAUUAAAAGUUGCCCAGAUAAUAAUCACUCAAAUUCGGCUUGUUCUUCACCAAUUUUGCGUGCUAUCAGUUCGUCACAUUGUAGAAAGAGCUUAUCCAUGACCGAUCUUUCAUUUGCAGCUAUUGAUCCAGAUAUAGCUAAUUUCAGAUCAGAGAGUAAUUCGUCGCUAGGACAUCGAGAAGAUUUAGGAGAACGUAGCAAGGACAUCGUAGGAAUUAAUAAAGGUGUUCUAGGAAUCGGACAUCGAACGUGGACAAAGAAUUUCUUGUCUGCUAACAUAGAAGAGGGUGUUAACAGUCUUUCACAGAAUCCAGAAAAAGCCGCGAAUAUUCUUUGUCAUGUAUUGAUACUGAACGCUUGGAGACGUAGACGAGCGGACGUCGGCCACCUACAGAAAACUAUUGAAGAACUAGCACGGCAAAUCGAGCAUCUACGCUUACAGAUCGUUGUUCUCCGUCGUUUGCUUGAGACGGAAAAUGGCCGUGUUAAUAAAUUGAAUUGGGAGGCUCAGCGUAUGAAAACUCAGCUUGAGGAACAUUUUCAGGAACGUGAUGUUCUCAAGAAGGAAAAAGAUAAAUUGGAAGAAGAAGUCAAAUGUCUAGAGGAUAUUUCUGAGGAACGAUUGGUAACAACCGAAAAUCUUAGAAACGAAUUACUCAAUGCCCAAAAUCAACUUCAAGAUUUAGACGGACAAAUCGAAAGAGAUCGUGAGAAAUUAUUAAAAUUACGAGAAGAUAAAAGGAUUCUUUUGGAUAAGAUAUCCGCAAGCGAAGCUUUAGCUACAGAACGUGGUAGUAGAGCAGAUAGGGCUGAAUCUGCCAUCGAGGAUUUGCAAAUUCGAUUGGCUGCACAUGUCGCACUCGUCGAUUCUGCACAGGAACAGAAUCAACAAUAUGCCAAACAAUUGAAGGUCAGGGAAGAUGAACGAAUGAAAUUGGAGAAACAGUUACGAUCGAGUAUAGAAACGGGGAAAGCUUUAAGCUUACGUUCAAACGUUCUUGAAAAUCAACUGGCCGAUAAAGAAGCUGCCUUGCAUCGUAUCGAAUCAAUAUAUAACGGUCAACUAAUGGAACUAAAUGAAUUGAAGGAACGUUUAAUCAGACAAUCACAAGAAGGAGGAUGGAGCAGUCGAGUUUUACAAAUUGCUGGAAGCGUUGUUCGUGCGCCACGGGCUAUAUUGCGUACUCUAUCUUUUUUAUCUAGUACUACUGUACCAUCUUAGUUUUUAUCAGUCCAAGUAUGAUUGGGAAAUAUGUUAAACGUCAAUGACGAGUUUGAUAUCGAUGUUGAGAAUGUUUGAAGUCAAAGAAAAGUUUGCGAAGAGAGUUUUUACCUUUCGUCGAUCAUGAGAUGAACUCUUAUGGAAAAGUUAUUGCACAUCAUAUAUGGGGAGGACAGAAAUAACGAGCAAUACUGAACAAAAUUUACAAGUAACACGUCGGAAGGAAUAUUAUUAGAUUGUUUUUAUUUUUAAUAUUCUUUUUUGUUUUUGUUUUUUUUUUUUUUUUGGGAAGAAAAUUUACUCACCGUUGGAGAUCGAAUGAUUUUAUAAUUAAAAGGAUAUUAUUAUUACAUGAUGAAUAUUAUGUAUAGAAUCAUGUGGAAUAUAUAACGGGUAGGAUAAGUUUGUUUAGAAUGUAUACGAAUAAAUGCUUGUUAUAUACUUUUUAAUCUAUAAGUUUUACACUUUUCUUCGCGUAUUUUGAUAAACUGAUAAAAACAAAGUAUCGUCAACCCGACCGCUAAGAUAACGAUGCAUGAUCUGUUUUUAUCAGAAGACGGAACUAUGUGUAUCUAUUUCCAGUUUUUAUUUAAUAAAUAUGAUUCUCUCGUGCUAUUACGAUUUCUUGAUUCCUUUUUAUUUUUUUUUUGUUCAUAGUUCUCAUGUCUCAUAUCAGAGAAUCCUGGUGUUUUCGACAAUACAGUUGCAAAGCAAUUAAAAGGAAGCAUAACUUGGAAUAUGCUUGCGGCUUAUACUAUAGUAUUUUUUUUUUAUAUAGAGAAGACUGAUGUUAUUAGAGUUAAUUUUAAUGUUAAGCAACCACGUGCAAGUGUCAUUGCUUUUGGAAAUGCACGAUCACAUUUUGCAUUACUGUGUUUUUAAGUACAAGACGGAUCUUAAGCAUCAUCCACAACAGUUCUAAGUCAGAUUCGUGAAAUUCCCUAAUUGUUUCCUUUUUUCCGUGUUUCUCUUUUCUUUUCUUUUUUUUUUUUUGUUUUAUUAUUUUAUUUUUUAUGCUAAUUUCGUUGCAAGUAAGAUUCUCUAUUUUGUCUUUUCGCAUGACGUGUAGAACAGUGGAAGAUUUAUACUUAUCACAAAAUGGGGUUUCUUUUCUUUUUUUUUUCCUGAGUAUGGUAUGUAUUAUACAAUCCCGAACGGUAUAGUCUUGAGAAAUGAAUUUAUUCUUAAAGUGGUUGGAAUAACAUAAUUCACGUUAGUCUAUUUGCAAUGCCACGACGAUCGUGGUCGUGAUAUUUUUUUCAUAAGUAAAACUUCUUAUAAAACCCGAUCUACGGGUCUCCAUAGAAAGUAACAAGUAUAUACCGUCGAUAUUAAGAAAUUUUCUUUUUAUUGCGAGAUUCACGUAUGUACGCACUAAUUAACGAAUGUCGUAGAGUAUAUUCUAAAUGUACAAUACAUUGUCUUUUGCCUUUGGCUUUGAUUAUACUGUGAUUGCUUUCGUUCCGUAAUUGAGUACAUAAAAUAUAAUAAUAUAGAAGAAAUAUAACGAUGAGAUAUGAAACGAUUAUACAAAUUAUUAUAGUUACUUCGUAAUUUCUAAUGAACAAUUUGACGAUAUA